AUGUCAGAUUCCAACAAAACCGACUUCACAAACCCCACCACCUUCAUCCUGCUGGGCAUUCCUGGCCUGGAACCAGUCCAUGUCUUGAUCUCCAUCCCCUUCUGCACCAUGUACACCAUAGCCAUCUUGGGGAACUUCACCAUCCUGUUCAUUGUGAAGAGGGAGCCGAGCCUCCAUAGGCCCAUGUACUACUUCCUCUCCAUGCUGGCCAUCACCGACCUGCUCCUGUCCACAUCCACCCUACCCAAAACACUGAGCAUCUUCUGGUUCAAUUCCAGGGAGAUCGAUUUCAGUGCCUGCCUCACCCAGAUGUUCUUCAUUCACUCCUUCUUUGUGAUGGAGUCUGGGAUACUCGUGGCCAUGGCUUUGGAUCGCUACGUGGCCAUCUGCCAUCCCUUGAGAUAUUCCACCAUCCUGACAAACACCCUGGUGGCCAAGAUUGGCCUGGCUGUGGUGCUGCGUGGCAUCAUGGUCAUACUGCCCUAUCCCUUCCUGGCGAGGCGGUGGUCAUAUUGUAGAACCAACAUCAUCCCCCACACGUACUGUGAGCACAUGGCUGUGGUGAAGCUGGCCUGCACCUACACCCACGUCAGUACUUACUACGGCCUCUUUGUGCUAUUCUGUGGGGGGGGUCUGGAUGUGAUUUUUAUCACUGUGUCCUAUACCCAGAUCCUCAGGGCCAUCUUCAUCCUCCCCACAAAGGACGCCCGGCUCAAGGCUUUGGGGACCUGCAGCUCCCACUUCUGUGCCAUCUUAGCCUUUCACAUCCCAGUUCUCUUCUCCUCCCUCACAUAUCAGUUUGGCCACAAUGUGCCCCUACAUUUCCAUGUUCUCAUUGCCAAUGUGUACCUCCGUGUGCCCCCCAUGCUGCACCCCAUUAUCUAUGGGGUGAGGACCAAACAGAUCCGGGACAGGCUGCUCCGGCUAUUUACUCAGAAAGGGACUUAA